AUGCCGUCGCGAAGCGAUCAAGUGGUCGAAAAAGCCGUGGAACUCGAUAGGAUUACCUCUGUCAAGAGCAACAAGCAUCGCUAUGCCUCAUCGAACGUGCUGUUCAGUUCUGGUACUAGCACACCAGUCCGCCGUAGGCCGCUGAGCUCCGACACUUCACUUCCACAGUCACUGCUUCCAACGGUCUUGCAAGAUACUGCCGACCCCAAUCGAACGAGCGAACGUGAGCUCUAUCUUCUCAAAGUCUGUCGUGCUCUCAUGGCUUAUGGCGCACCUACCCAUCGACUUGAGGAGUACAUGUACUUGACAGCAGAAGUCAUCGGGCUUCGACUGGAGUCAUUCUAUCUACCAGGCAUCAUGAUCAUCUCCUUCAAUAACUCCAUCUGGCGGAGCAGAGAGGUUCACAUUGUCAAGACGCCGCAGACUCUUAACCUGUCAAAGCUGUACGACUCGCAUGAGGUGUACAAGAAUGUCAUUCACGAUAAGAUGGCCAUUGAAGACGCGAUUAUACGACUCGACGAAGUCAUGACCAGCAAAGACAAGUAUCCUCGCUGGUUGUGCGUCAUUAUGUUUGGCCUUGCUUCUGCAUGUAUUGGACCAGUUUCUUAUGGCGCAAGGCCUGUAGACUUGCCAAUCAUCUUUGUCUUUGGGUGCUUGCUUGGUUUCAUGCAGCUCAUCAUGGCCGAAAACUCGGAGUUGUACGCCCACAUCUAUGAAGUGUCCGCAGCCAUUCUGAUGACGUUCCUUUCGCGCGCCAUUGGCUCAAUCAAUUAUGGCGAUGGUCGCUUGUUCUGUUUCUCUGCUAUAUCGCAAGCAUCUCUGGUCCUGAUUUUGCCCGGGUUCAUAAUCACUAACAGCGCAUUGGAACUGCAGUCGAAGAACAUCAUCUCUGGGGCUGUACGGAUGGUUUACGGCAUCAUAUUCGUCCUCUUUCUGGCCUUUGGCUUCACUGUUGGAAGUACAUUAUAUGGCGCACUAGACGGUAACGCGACUUCUGCGACGACCUGUGAAGCUCCAUGGCCUUUCUGGUGGAAAGUCAUCUUUGUCAUCCCAUUCACCUUNUGCUACAUCAUUAUCAAUCAAGGCAAGUGGAANAAGGUCCCGGCAAUGUUGGUCCUAUCCAUGAUCGGAUGGCUUGUCAACUACUAUGCUGCUCAAGGCUUCUCCAGAAAGACGCACAUCUCCAAGGGGUUCGGCUCGAACAUACAGAUGGCGCAAAUGCUGGGUGCUCUGGCAAUCGGACUGGUAGCCAAUCUCUACUCACGCCUCGGACAAGGACUCGCUGUUGCUUUACUGCACCCCGCAAUAUUCAUUCAAGUGCCGGGGAGUUUCGCUGCAUCGGGAAGCUUGAUCAAUGCAGUUGCUAAUGCGGAUCUUCUCACGAAGCACAAAUCUGGCGAUGCUAUCUCGAGCGAUGGACUGGACAACAGUUCAUUAACGAACGCUGGUCUUGCCAUGAUCGAAAUUGCCAUUGGAAUCACUGUUGGCAUAUCCAUCAGCGCGCUUCUUGUUUACCCUAUACGAAAGAAGAGGAGGAGUGGUCUAUUCAGCUUUUAA